AUGAAAUCCAACGAAAGUCCCGUCGAUGUCUCUGCCCCUCUUCCCACGCAGCCUCGAUCAAUAAUGCGAGUUCCGAGCACCACCAAUCUGCAAGAACUGGUUCCCAAAAGGGCCCGUCAUGGUCGCCGGCAUUCAAAAUCACAAAGCCGACAGUCUGUACGAUUCAAAAGUCGAGAAUCAUCAGGGGAAAACAUUUCAGAGAACAGCCAAGCCUUGUAUAUGAACUCGAGGAGGACAAGAAAAAGAGCAGGCAGUUAUUUCUCUUCGAUUGACAAUACUCCUAUCCCAAAGCUCGACAACCCCCCUAGUCUAAAGGCAGAACUCGAUAAUGCGAACGAAGACUUGUCGUGGAGCAUCAUCGACCGAGAAAUUCUCGAGUGGCAAUAUAUGUGUGAGACAGGUCGACCAUAUUGGUGGUCUCAAGAAGCGAAGUACAAUCGUUUCAAGAGCUUGAUACCAUUGGCAUACAAUGAUCUUGGAACCCAUAGUUCGACUAACAAGCUUGAUGGAUGCCCCAAACCAAUAUAUCAUGAGAGACGUCGAGCGGUAUCGGAAAGCUACCUAGUAGACUCAUCAAAUGUCAACAGUUUGGCACACAUGAUUGCGAUCCAACUUCUCGGAUCUUGCUUCACUCUCCCACCCGACCAAAUAACUGGUACCCCGCCUACGGAUUACGCGCCAUUCGACAAAUGCGAUGCCUCAAUCCUCCCAGACCCAGGGUUGAUCAGCUCGUUACGAUUGCACAGCCAUUUUCGAUAUUCGCCAUGCUUUGGUCACGAACCUCGUAACACUUCGCCUGUCCAGUUAUGGCCAGCGAUAUAUGACGGUCCUUUAUCACCAACACAGCCAACACAGAAUCACCCAGAGUCGGAAACGGAUACAGAAGAAGCUCGGCCAAGGCAGUCCAGGAAACGCAGACCACUCAAUGUCACGGAAAACUCGGACUAUUCCCUUGACAGUACAGGCGGUGAUGGACACAUGUCGCGACGCAAUACAGUUCAUGCCGGCCAUGAAGCAGCCGCAGCAGCACGCAGACGAGAUUAUAUCCGCGAGGCAUUUGCUCACUCUUUAUCGUUUCCCCGAAGAAUGACGAUAAGGGGUUCUCUAGAGAGAUAUGACAGGCCGGAUCCGCCUUUGAACUCACCAAUGGACGAUGAAAUUGUCAAUGCUCUUUUGCCUAACAGAUCUGCGAGAUGUCAUCAGCCACAUGAGAAUCGCCUACAGCCAGUCCUUCGGUCUGAGCCUCAUCAUGUAUUUGUCCAGCCGGUCAAAGAGCUUGUGAUAAAACCAUGGAGGUCCAUUCGACGUAGAGUAGGUGGGAGCAGGCACUCUGGAAACUGUCAUCCAACCGUAACGCCAGAAUUACGCAGGUCUGAGGUUUCCGAGUCCGGUCAGAGCUGCACCUCCACUUUAUCAUUAACUCAUGAGGGCAGGGCAAGAAGAAGAAGGGCGCAAGAGAGAGGAGACAUUCAUAGCAGCAUGGACAGCACACAACACAACACGACCCCGGCAAACGAAAUGUGUCAUGAAGAGGCUGCUCAUGCUUUGUCCAGACCAUAUUGGCUCGACCUAGAAAGUGCCAGCCCAAAGUCCCAGACAGGCUUUGAGAGACUUUGUGGUAGCGCUGAGAGUACGCCCUAUUACAAUACACCUGCCAGCGGGUAUCUUACUCCAGAAAGGGGCACUGCACAAAAAUCAGAUUCGAGAAAUUCGAGUCCAAGAUUCCAGGUGCCAGACCCAUUAGCCGCAGCGCUCGCUGUUCCUAAUUGUAUGAACAUACCAAAUGCGCAGCUUGAAAGAGACGCGGGAACAGCAUCAACUCCAUUGCAGCCUCCAUCCAGUCCUGCAUCAUGGUUGGUUGCAACACCGGCCUCCACAGGGGAACCAAUACCUCAACUAUCAAGCGCAAAGAGUCCGAACAGCGGGGCGUCUUCCACAGCCGAGGUCCAAUUGCGAUCCAUGCAGACGCCCCCUGCAUUUCAUUGCUCGUCAAUGAGAAUACCGAAGAGACAUCGGAGAGCCAGUCUGCUAUCAGAAGUCUGCACGCCAGAAGAUUUCGGUAGCCCUCUUGAAAAUGCAGAAGACAGGCAAACUACAGAGCGAAAUGUGAAGAGUACUUUUGGAAGCCCACUAGCAACUCCAAUAGAAGAAACCUUCCCCUCGCCUGUUGCUGAAAGCUGCCCCAUUCCCCACGGUUCUGGAGGUCCUCCGUGUAUAGACGACGUGAUCAGCCCAGGUUCAACAUCGUCAUCAAGCAUGCGCACGAAGCCAAGAAUGAGAAGGUUGAGUAUAAGUGGCUCACAAAUCUUUACUCCGGGCGAUGAAGGUGUGGAGUUGAAUGGGCUGCCGACGGGUCCUGGAAAAGAGAUGUGGGCAGCAAAAGGGGGGAGGGAAAGAACGUACUUGUAG